AUGACAACUGCUCCUGUUAACGGUUUGAAUGGCCUCGAAGCUAAGUUCAACAGCGGCAUGAAGCUCAACCCCGAGCGACCCGCUUACGUCCCACCUCACAUGAGAAACAGAGGACCUCCCGCCCCUCAAUUCAACAAUGGUCCUGCUCCCGCUGGUCCAGGCUACCACCAAUCCCCUACCGGAUUACCCACUCCCGCCACUACCCCUCCUCAAUCGAGAGUAUCGUACGCUCCUCCCGCCGCUAGAGGUGGCGCCUUCCCUCCUGCCGGUGCACCAAGAUCCGAAGAUGGCGGAUGGGGCGCACCAAGAAGAGGCCCAGCCGAACCUCGAUCUUUCGGCGGUGGUGCUCCAGGUUUCGGAAGUUGGAAGAAUGGUGAACACGUCCUUGGUGCUAGAAACCCAAGAUUAGAGAAAGAACUCUUCGGUGAAGCUGGUGAUGGUGUCCACCAAUCUACUGGUAUCAAUUUCGACAAAUACGCCGAUAUCCCCGUUGAGGCUACUGGUACUGGAGUCCCUGAACCCGUCACCGAAUUCACCAACCCCCCCAUCGACCCUGUACUUCUCGAGAACAUCCAAUACGCUCGAUACACCACCCCCACUCCUGUUCAGAAAUACUCUCUCCCCAUCGUUGCUGGUGGAAGAGACUUGAUGGCUUGUGCCCAAACCGGUUCAGGAAAGACUGGUGGUUUCCUUUUCCCCAUCCUCUCAGCCAUGUUCACCUACGGUCCCAUCGCUCCUCCUCCUGACAACAGCUACGGAGGUGGAUACAACAACCGAAGAAAGGCCUACCCAACUGCCCUUGUUCUUGCUCCUACCCGAGAAUUGGUAUCUCAAAUCCACGACGAAGCUAGGAAAUUCGCUUACCGAUCAUGGGCUCGACCUGCCGUUGUCUACGGUGGUGCCGACAUUGGCCAACAAAUCCGAGCUCUCGACCGAGGCUGUGAUCUCCUCUCAGCCACUCCCGGUCGACUUGUCGACUUGAUUGAGCGAGGUAAAAUCUCGCUUGCCAACGUCAAGUACCUCGUCCUCGAUGAAGCUGAUCGAAUGCUCGAUAUGGGUUUCGAACCUCAAAUCAGACAAAUUGUCGAAGGUGAAGACAUGCCUGGAGUCAUGGACAGACAAACUCUCAUGUUCUCUGCCACUUUCCCCAAAGAAAUCCAAAUGCUUGCUCGAUCUUUCCUCAAAGACUACAUUUUCCUUUCCGUCGGUCGAGUCGGUUCCACCUCUGAGAACAUCACUCAACGAAUCGAAUACGUUGACGAUGCCGACAAACGAUCAUUGCUUCUCGACUUGUUGCUUGCUGAGCAAUCUGGAGGUUUGAUCUUGGUCUUCGUAGAGACUAAGAGAAUGGCCGACAGUCUAUGUGACUUCCUGCAAAAUCAACGACACAACGCCACUUCCAUCCACGGUGAUCGAACUCAACGAGAACGAGAAGCUGCUCUUCACGCUUUCAGAACCGGUCGGGCUCCUAUCCUCGUUGCUACUGCUGUCGCUGCUCGAGGUUUGGAUAUCCCUAACGUCACCCACGUCAUCCUUUAUGACCUUCCUACUGACGUUGCCGAAUACACUCACCGAAUCGGUCGAACUGGUCGAGCUGGUAACACUGGUACUUCCACUGCCUUCUUCAACAGACAAAACUUGAACAUCUCCCGAGAACUCAUCGAUCUCCUUAAGGAAGCCAACCAAGUCGUUCCUCAAUGGCUUAUCGAUGUCAGCUCCGAAAGGUCCUUCGGUGGAUUUGGCGGACGAGGUGGACGAGGACGAGGCGGUGGUGGUGGUGGAAGAAUGGGUGGAAGAGAUGUAAGACAAGGUGGUGGUGGAUUCGGUGGUGGUGCCCCUCGAGGUGGUAACAGCUACGGAGGUGGUGGUGGUUACGGAGGUGGUUAUGGAGGUUACGGCGGUGGUGGUGGUGGUUUCCCACCCGCUGCUGCCUCUGGAGGUGCCAGUUGGUGGUAA